ACCUUCCGUGAAUCAAUCAAACACAUCAUUUGUCAUCAUUGUUUUUUUAUGUUCAAAAAAAUUAGCACUUUAUAUCUUACAAAAUGAAUUAUUUUGGUAAAAUAUUUUCGAAUAUUAGCCAAGCAUAUAGUGAACUAAAUCCGGCUACUUUAACCGGUGCUAUCGAUGUGAUUGUCGUUGAACAAGAAGAUGGCACCUAUUUAACCUCUCCAUUUCAUGUUCGUUUUGGUAAAAUGGGUGUAUUACGAAGUCGAGAAAAAAUUGUGGAUAUUGAAAUCAAUGAUGAACCAGUUGAAAUUCAUAUGAAAUUAGGUGAUAGUGGUGAAGCAUAUUUCCUUGAAGAAUGUGAUGAUGAAGAUGAGAAUGAAGUUUUAGCCGUUGAUGAUACUGCUGCAACAACGCCAGAUGGCCAAACAAAUGAUUUGCUCAACGAUAAUGAUAAUGAACCAAAAUGUGAACAACCAGGACAUGACAGCAGUCUUGAAACAUCUGCGCGAAAUGAUUUACCCGAUUCAAUCAUAAUUGAUAAUAAUAAUGAAUCGACAUACAUUGAACCAAUACAUUCCUCCACUACAAAUAUCGUUCAGGUCACGAAUAAAAGCAUAAUUGCAAUCGAUCAAUCAUCGACCGAUUCAUCGACAUCUACACCAUGUUCAUCUUCAUCAUCUAAUCAGAAACGUACUCGACGGAAAAAGAAAACCAAACACGGACAAAAGCCAUCAUUAUCACAGAAUUUUCCCGAAUUACCUGAUUCCAUACAGCCAAAUAAAGAACCAUCGAUUGAACUGCAAUUAAAAAAUACUUAUCAUCAUAAUACGGAAAACGAUUUGCAUCCAUUUUCAGAUGGUGAAUAUGAUACGAAAAAACAACGCGAAUCAAUCUCAUCCGAAUGUUAUAAAUCGGAUUCCGAAAUUGAAACGGCUCGUAAUGAAAAAUUACCGAAUCAAGACUACAUUUCUUGGGAUUGGGGUGAAUUACCACAUGUGAAAAAUGAUUCGACUCCGAUCUUAGAUCAUUCGAAAUCUUCUAUGCCAAUGCCCGUGCCUGAAGCUUUAUCUGAUCAAUCUAAAUCGGUGCUUGGUGGUGUUUUGAAUUUUAUGAUUAAAGAACAAGAUGGUCCAAUUAGCAUCGAUCUUAACGCCACUAAAGAUGAUGAUAAAGGCAUCUAUCUGGAUGAAUUAGAUCCCAAUGAUAUGAAUCCUGAAGUAGCAGCCAAAUAUUUUCCAAAAUUUCGUUCAAGUUUAACAUCGAAACCUUCAAAUCUUUCAACAAAAAUACCGGCUACUAGCAGCGAUGAUGAAAUCGAAUCCGGUAAAGGUCAAUCGUUAUCAAAUUCUCCACGUAGUAUCGAUUUUAAUUAUCAACAAUCUGAUACAAUUCAUUCAGAUUUUGUUGACCGUGUUAAAGAACAACUAAUGAUUCCAGGUGAUCUGUAUAGUUUAAGUCGAAUCUAUCACGAUAUGUCAAUGUCUCUUUGUGGACGUGUUGAAGAUUUGAUUGAAAAUCCUGAUAAUACAGAACGAUUUCUUCAAUCAAUUAUAUCAUUCGAUGAUUUCAAUGAAAACCCUUUACAAAUUCUUGAUAAUCCAAAUUUAGUAAUACGUAUGGGUUCUGAAUAUUAUACAUGGAAAAUGGCAUCAUCAAUGAUUCUUUCAUUGCUUUUAUUUCAACGUCCAUUAUCGGACCAGACGAUGCAACUUUUAAAAGAAAAAUGUAUCCCAAAAAAAGCUAAUCCACAAAAUGCUCGAUCAUGGCGUUCAUGGUUUCGUUCGCCAACACAAAGUGAAUCUAAUCAUCAACAAUCUACGGAACAAGCAAUAACUAACAACGUUAAUAUCAGCAAUAAUAAUCUUACAUCCAGUGUUAAUAUGACUCCAACGAAAAGCUCAAACAAUUAUUCAUCGAAUAGCAUCGAAUAUGUAUCUGAUGAUGAAACCUAUAAUUCAGUCAUCAUCUCGAAUAGUGCAAAAAAUUCAACAACAAACAAACAAGAUUCAAACACUGGUGCGAAGAAAAAGUAUCGAAAAGUACUACGAUUAAGUUCAGAUGUUCUAAAGAAAUUGAAUCUACGCCAUGGAUGUAAUAAGAUAAUGUUCAGUGUUACGACGGCUUAUCAGGGUACAACAGCUUGUGAAAGUAAAAUUUUUCUUUGGCGUCACGAUGACAAAAUAAUCAUAUCAGAUAUUGAUGGCACAAUCACAAAAUCCGAUGUACUUGGACAUAUACUUCCAUACAUCGGUAAAGAUUGGGCUCAAAUAGGCGUGACAAAACUAUAUGCAAACAUCGAACAAAACGGGUAUAAAUUCUUGUAUUUAUCUGCUCGUGCUAUCGGUCAGGCUAAAGGUACAAGAGAUUAUUUGACAAGCGUUUGUCAAGAUGGUCAAUGUCUACCCGAUGGACCUGUUCUGUUAUCACCGACAUCAUUGUUUUCUGCUCUUCAUCGUGAAGUGAUUGAAAAGAAACCCGAAGAGUUCAAGAUAAGUUGUUUGAAAGAUAUACAAUCAUUGUUUCCAAUGAAUCCAUUUUUCGCUGGCUUUGGCAACAAAAUCAAUGACACUUGGGCUUACAAAGCAGUAGGCAUUGAUAUUAGCCGUAUAUUCACUAUAAAUCAUCGUGGUGAACUUAAAUUGGAAAAAAUUAUGUCAUUUAAAUCAUCAUAUGGUGAAUUGAGCCAAUUUGUUGAUCAAAUGUUUCCACCUUUAGACAAAGAUAGAUUGGUCGAUCAAAAUACCUAUGAUUAUAAUUCAUUCUUAUACUGGCGUACCGAUAUACCAAUAAUCGAUGAAAAAGAAUUGAUUGGAUCAACAAAUGGAUUAUCAUCAGUAUCGGCCAAAUGAUUAUCAGUUAUUUUAGCUAUAAUUUGUUGAUUUUUAUUUUUAAUUCAAUGUCAAUACAAAUAUAUGAAAGCUUGCAAACACCAAGUCAUCAUGGUCUUUCACCUUUUAAUCCACUUUCUUGUUUUUUUAAAUAUUACUGCGAUUUUCUUUAUGAAAUAAAAAUCAUUUUAUUUGUUUGUUUAUUCUUCA